AUGGCAACAUCCAGGCAUCUUGUCGAAGAGGACUUUGAAGGAGAAUUUGGACCAAUCAAAGAGCUUCCUGCAGCUGAAACAAGCGGUAUCAAUUUAAAAAGUGACCGAGUUGUUAGAGCCAAACGAGUUCGUUCACGAUCCAUUGAAAAGGAAGAGAAGAAGUUUUCUAAGAUUAAACAUAUAAAAAUCAGGAAUUCUAAUGAGGAUAUAGCAAUAGAAAUUGAUUCAAGUGAUAGUGAUACCAAUCUCGAGCCAGCUAAGCCAAUAAUAAAGGUUUCGCCAAACUUCAAGCCUAGAAAAUCUGAAGCCGAACCCGAAUCAUCUAAAGCUGAACCCGAAUCAUCUAAAGCUAAACCCAAACCCAAUGCAGCAGGAGCUGAAACUAUUAAUCACGCUGAAAGCCAAGCCUUUAAAUUACUGGAUAGUGAACUUCAGAGUGUCAAAGCAAAGUUGCUUUCGCAAUUGAAUGGCCAAUUUAAUAAUCUCAAAGAUUCAUCUGUAUACGACAAAUACAAAGAAGUAUAUCGGAUCCUUGAACUGUCAAUAAGGGAUAAAGAGGGCCAUUCUGCACUAGUGGUGGGUCCAAGAUCUUGUGGGAAAUCAUCAAUUAUCAACCAUGCUUUAUCAGAAUUGGGGACCAAGUACCAAGAUCAGUUUAUUGCCAUCAGAUUAAACGCAUUAGUACAUACCGAUGAUAAUGUUGCAUUGCGAGAAAUCGCACGGCAAUUAGAUGUCAAGCUUCGAGAUCGUGGUGAACAAAUAGACUUUGGUAGCUUUGAGCAAAGGUCAAUUAGUGAAACAUUUGGAAACAUUUUAUCCAUACUACAAAAUAGCGUUGAAGGUGGUCCCAAAGAACAAAGAUUAUCAGUAAUUUUCGUGAUAGACGAAUUUGAAAAGUUUACUCUGAACCAUAAACAAACAUUAUUGUAUAACCUUUUGGAUUUAUCACAGAGCAGUACCACUCCAAUCUGUGUUAUUGGGUUAUCCACUAAAGUGACAACAAGGGAGCUUUUGGAAAAAAGAGUGAGUAGUAGAUUCUCCCAAAGAAUAAUAUCUAUUAUGCAUGAAUCCAGUCUAGAAUCUUAUUGGAAAAAUGCAAAAUUGGCAUUAACAUUGAAAUCUAGACCCAAAGAUUCUGAUCAACUGAUAAAUUUCUCUAACGGUUGGAAUGAAUACAUUGAAAACUUGUAUCAGGCACCUGGUAGUUUGUUAGGUAAAUUAGUCACCCGAAUAUUUUACACGACUAAGGACUACAAGCAUUUCAACAAUGCUUGCAAAUUCGCAAUAUCUCGCUUAUCAUUGCAGUGCCCAUUUCCUCCAGAUACUGAUUUUGGAUUCUACAUUUCUCAUUCCGUGGGAAACAACAUUCAAUCUUUGAUAAAUUCCCUUUCCAAUGUUGAACUAUUACUAGUGAUUGCAGCAGCUAGAUGGGUUGAAAAAUAUGAAUUACAAGCUAUUAAUUUUAACUUAGCCUAUUCCGAAUACAAAGAGAUGAUGAAGAAUUUUAAUUUGAACACCACGGUUUCAACCUCAACCGAGAACAGACUCACAAAUAGUAUUCGAAUCAAUCAGAAAAUUUGGUCAGAAAAGGUAUUACGUAAUAGCUGGGAAACUUUAUACAAAAUGGGCCUCUUGUUAGAUGCAGGAGGUAUAACUACUAACAAUGAUGGACAUAUCAUUUCAAACAUAAACUUAAACAAAAGUCUCAUCAUUGAAGAUAACAGAAUGGUGCAAUUGGAUCUCACAUUGUCAGAAGUUGCACUGCAAGUAGAAGAUCUGGUCGUUUAUAAAAGGUUAGCAGUAUUAUAG